AAAACAAGUGAAGAUUGUUGGUCUAUGGUCAUUUAUAUACCGGAUGUCAAAGCACAGAAGCUCAGUAUCGCUAUUGCCCUGCUGCGCACAUCCUUUCCGGUUUUCUCGUUUGGCUUGUCAAGAGUCGGAGUCCAAAAUGGGGCGCCGACCUGCGAGAUGUUAUCGCUACUGCAAAAACAAACCAUACCCCAAAUCUCGUUUCUGUCGGGGUGUUCCUGAUCCAAAGAUUCGUAUUUUUGACUUGGGAAAGAAGAAGGCAUGUGUGGAGGAUUUUCCUUUAUGUGUCCACUUGGUUUCCGACGAGUAUGAACAGCUUAGCUCUGAAGCCCUUGAGGCAGGUCGUAUUUGCUGCAACAAAUAUAUGGUGAAGAACGCCGGUAAAGAUCAAUUCCACAUCCGAAUGCGUCUUCACCCAUUCCACGUCAUCCGCAUUAACAAAAUGUUGUCAUGUGCUGGAGCUGAUAGGCUUCAAACUGGGAUGAGAGGAGCCUUUGGCAAACCUCAAGGUACUGUUGCUCGUGUUCGCAUUGGUCAGCCAAUCAUGAGUGUGCGCUCUUCCGAUCGUCAUAAGGCUGCAGUUAUUGAAGCUUUGCGUCGUGCCAAGUUCAAGUUCCCUGGUCGCCAGAAGAUCUAUGUAUCCAAGAAAUGGGGUUUCACCAAAUACGAACGGGCUGAAUAUGAAGAAUUAAAGGUAUCUGGCCGUCUCGCCCAAGACGGUUGCAACGUCAAGUAUCUGCCUGAGCACGGCCCUCUCGACGCAUGGAAGAAGUUCAGAGAAAGCUUAGCUAACGCUUAAUUUGUGGCCGGAUUUUUUUGUGAAUCAAGUCGUAAUAAAUGUUACGCAGACUCA